ACAACAAAUUAGAGUGUGAAGUGGAUGAGCUGAGCAGAGCUGACAGAGGGAAUUCGAAAGGGAAAGAAAGAAAGAGAGCAAAAAUGGUUGUUCUCUCUCCCUCCCUUUCUCUCUUCUCAUCCAACCAAUUUCUUCGUUCUCCAAACCUCCUUUUCUUCAGGAACCAACCCAGAACUAUGAUGAACCACAAGAAUCGUAGACUACAUGAUAUGUUUCAACCAUGCUCAACUUCUUCUUCAAAUCCCACUUCACAAAAUGGGUUUGUCAGAAGGGAUUUAAUGCUCUUUGGCCUUUCUUCUUUAGCAUUAGUACUUUUCCCAUCUUCAGGUUCUAUUGCAGAGGAAGAUAUAAAAAUGGCUUCUUUGGUUGAUGAAAUAAAUUCUUAUUCUUAUCUCUAUCCCGUGGAGUUACCAUCCAAGAAGUUCCUCUUCAAAUGGGUGGAAUCUAGAAAGCCAGAACGCUAUUCAUCAGCUGCACCACUAUCUCCUGAUGCACGUCUCCGCAUUGUGUCUGAACGUGUGGACAUUAUUGAUAAUCUGAUUAUUUCUGUGUCGAUAGGUCCCCCGAAUUCAGUGUUUAUAAAGUCACAGGACAAGAAAGCAUGGACUGCAAAAGAUGUUGCUGAUUCUGUUUUGUCUGAUAAGUCUGCACUGCGUGUCACCUCAAGUCAACGCAUGACUGAAAGUUCACUUCUUGAUGCACAUUCUAGUGAAAUUGAUGGUGAGCCAUAUUGGUAUUAUGAGUACCUUGUUCGCAAGUCACCAACAAAAACUGCUCAAGAAUCUAACCUUUACCGGCAUUAUGUUGCUUCAACAGCUGAGCGAGAUGGUUAUUUAUACUCUCUAAAUGCUUCAACCCUCAACAAGCAGUGGAACACAAUGGGGCCCUUAUUGAAAAAAACCGUGUCUUCUUUCCGCCUUCUACCUCCGACAGAAAACUAUGUUCCGCCGUAUAAGGAUCCAUGGAGAUUUUGGUGAUAAAGAAAUACAUUUUGUUAUCCUUGUUAUUGUUAGUUUUUCUAUUUCUUCUAGUGCAAAAUGUAAAGUUUACUAGGAUUUUGAUGAGAACAUCAUUCAUUGUUAUAUUAAUUUUACAAGUUCUGUGGCGGAGUACCAUUUGAGGUCAAA